AUGGCCCUUGCUCUCUUCUUCUUCUUCUUCUUCUUUAUCCUUUUCGUUCUUGCCUUCUUCUUAAGCUGCUGUUGGAAUCAUAUUGCUGUUUUGGAUCGAACCCCUACAUCUGCUUCUGCUUCCUGCCCCUCUUGCUUUGAUUCUGGGUUUAGGUACGAUGUGUUCAUCAGUUUCCGAGGACCCGACACUCGCAACGGUUUCACCAGCCACCUUUUCUACGCCCUACGCAGAGCAAAUAUCAGAACUUUCAUGGACCACGAGCUGGAGAAGGGCGAGGAGAUUUCACGAGGGUUGUUCGACGCGAUCGAGCGGUCCAAGAUCUUGGUGGUGGUUUUGUCAGAAAACUACGCAUCCUCGACAUGGUGUCUUGAUGAGUUGGCGAAGAUUAUGGAAUGCAGGAGGAGAGGCCACAAGGUGUUGCCUGUCUUCUACGGCGUCAAGCCCGUGGAGGUCAGGAGGCAGACGGGAAGAUACGAGGCUGCUUUGGCAAUGCAUCAGAAUGGCUCGCGAGAGAAAGGAAUGACGGAGAAGGUUAAAAGGUGGAGAGACGCCCUUACCGAAGGGGCCAGCCUCUUCGGAUAUGAUUCUGAUGUGGUCAGUCCGGAUGGUAAACUCGUGAACGAUAUCGUUGACGACAUCCUAGAGAUGCUGCAAAAUUCGAGCAUAACCCGACCCACUUCUCACGUAAACUUUGUUGGAACAACAACUCUCCGCUCCGAAGACUAUUCACAAUAG